GCUGCUGCUGCUGCUGCUGUUUGUUCUCUGAGUGAAGCACAAACACGACGCGAGCAAACUGAAGCCAUGCGAGUAGCGAUCAUCGGAGCAGGGGUCAUCGGCCUCUCUACAGCCCAGAGCAUUUACGAGCAUUACCAUGACAAAGUCAGUCCCUUGAUUAUUGAUGUCUACGCAGACAUCUUUAGCCCUCUGACCACCAGUGACGGAGCAGCAGGACUGUGGCAGCCUUACCUCUAUGAUAAGGGCAACGUCCAGGAAACAAAAUGGAACAAAGAAACUUUUGAUUACCUUCUGAGUUUCCUCAGCUCUCCGGAAUCUGUUAAAAUGGGAAUAUUCCUGGAGUCUGGCUACAAUCUGUGCACCCGACAUGCCCCGGAGCCGUCGUUUAAGGACACCGUGUUGGGUUUUCGGGAACUCACCCAGCGUGAGCUCGACAUGUUUCCUGGAUACAGCAUGGGUUGGUUCAACACGGCUUUAAUGCUGGAAGGGAAGACCUAUCUGCCCUGGCUCAUGACCUGGUUGACAAAUAGAGGCGUGAAGUUUCACCACAGAAAGAUUCAUUCCUUCCAAGAGCUGGCAGAGAGUGGAGCAGACGUCAUCGUCAACUGCUCAGGCGUUCGCUCAGGCGACCUGCAACCUGAUUCUGAGCUCACUCCAGGCCGAGGACAGAUCAUCAAGGUGGACGCUCCGUGGUUAAAACACUUCAUUCUGACGCACACGUUCACAUCAGCAGUUUACAAUUCACCGUACAUCAUCCCAGGAAGUCGUCUAGUGACAGUUGGGGGACUUUUUCAAGUGGGGAACUGGAGUGAGCAGAACAAUUCCAUCGACCACAAAACCAUUUGGGAGCGAGCCUGUGCACUGGAGCCCAGCUUACAGCAUGCUCGCAUAGUGGAGGACUGGACAGGUCUCAGACCUGUACGCAGUAAAGUCAGGCUGGAGAGAGAGACCAUCCGUUCUGGACCCAGCGUAAUCGAGGUAAUCCACAACUACGGUCACGGCGGCUACGGGCUAACGAUACAUCGUGGCUGCGCUGAAGAAGCCGCGCGUCUUCUCGGCGAGGUUCUGCGGCCGAAAGCCAAAGCUAAAUCUCGACUCUAAAUCACCUCUAAUGCACUAAUAUUUACUUGCCUGAUCUUAUUAGUUAAUUCAUAAUUAAUGAUUUUUAUCAGUCUGUUAAUCAAACGUAACCAAGCUAGUGAGAACAUCAUGAUAAAUGAGUGUAGUAUCAGAAAAACAUCAUUUUAAAGACCUGAUCCUAUGUAAUUGAACUCCAUUUGAACCAAUCAUCCAAUCAGUGUUAAAGUCAACCUAAAAAAUGCAGGACUAACCAAAAAAAAUCCAAUGAUGCCCUAAAUAUAAUUACAGAGAGAAAUUCAGAAAGCUUUUUCAUUUGAAAUAUAGUUUAUUGUAGAUACACAUGUGGAUCCAGUGUGGCAUUGAAUGUCUGUACACACACACACACACACACACACAAUAAUCUCAUCACUAAAUCGCAAAGGCAGGUACUGUAUGUAGGACAGAGACCUCACUCUGAGCGAACACACACAGGACUUCACCGAAGCUGGGCACAAACCCGUCAGCCAUCAUUUCCACAAGGUGAUGAGAUCGAAUCAUUAAUCAAUCAUUAAUGCACAGAUCAGAAGUGAAAAGCGUUAAUCCAAAAGCUGAACCCAGAGACUCCUUGCAAAAUACAGAACAAUAAACUGACAAGAUAUAUAAAGAUAACGGUGCUAAAAGUAUUCCGAGAUGAACAUUUAAAAGUAAUCACCAAA